GCCUCUCCUGCUUUAACUUCCACCCCAACUUCUACUCCGUCUCACUUCAUCCCUUCGUCCUCCCCUCUCACUGCUCCCAACGUCGUGCGGACAAGAACUGUUGCACUCUCUGAAACAGCUGUCCUAAGUCGCCUCUUUAUUCGAUGCUGUUUUCAAACGUGUCCUUGGAAUACCCACUCCCAUCUGUUUCAACAAUGGAUACGACCCAGUAAAGCUUCAUACGGCGUAUCCGAUUGCUUCGUCUUCCUUUCCCCCUCAGUUUAACCUUUUCAUUCAAAAGUCUUUGUGUCGCUGGUUCUUCCGGAAAUAUUUUAGUUCUGCUUAAUUCGUUUCUCUCCUUAUCUCAGGUUAUAUCGACUCCUCACCAAUGUCUGACGCUGCUAGCCAUGAAGUCCUUCCAGCCACGUUAGCCCCCCAUUUGAAACUCCCCAGGAGAUUCAGCCACAGUCGGUCGCAAUCGGUGGAUCUCGAAAGCAUGGGCAGCGGUAGUGUCGCCAACACCCGUUCGUCCAUCGACUCUGGUUCAGACAAACCCAGGUCGCAAACCGGAGACGGAGCUGACAACGCCCCCAAGUCUCACCAUAGCGGUCUAUCCAAGUUGCUCGCCGGCUCACGACGUAGACGGAGAAAGAAGGAGAAAUUGAGGCGAGACGAUGGUCGAUCGUCGACGGGCCUAAGUUCUGAAAAUGGCAGGGACCUUCGAACGAGCCACUCGACAGAGUCUCCCGAUGGAAAUUCAGUCGCUGCUUCGUCAUUCAAUGAUAAUCAGAGUGGGGAAGAAAAUGAGAUAGGAACUCUCUUAACAGAUGAUUCUGAACCUGAUCUUUCUCCUCCGAUCCAUACUGGUGAACCCGACUCUAGAUUUUACACCACGUCUACUCCUGUGAUAAAUGUUCCCCCUAACGAGUCGAAUAAUUCCGACAAAGUGGACGCCGAUGUGGAAUCCGCGGCCAGUGGCCCUAGCGCUGAUGGAUUGGAUGCACCUUCGAAAUUUGCAAGAACCGUCACAGAGCCUAACCCCGGAUUAAGCGUCCCUGAUGACAACUCCUCAAAAAAAAGGAGAAACGUUUCCCCCCGGCGACGACUCAGAGAGGCAUUCGGCUCCAGUAAUGACAAACUACAGACUAGUACCAGCCCGGGGGCCAGCAAAAAUGAUUUGGCCAAUUUGAGUAACGGUAGCAAGAAUAGUCUUACAUCAAAAAGAUCAAUGACCUUCUCUAAUUCCGUUACUCGAAUGCCACCGCCGAUUAUUACUGACCACAUGCGAACAACGUUUCCCGAACUACCUAAAGAUGACGACCCACUAAGAACUCCUCCGCUCACGGCAGUCCCGCUGACUACGGUGACACCACCGUCCCCUGGAGACCGCAACCCCCCGUCUGCUGUGGAGCCGACAGGUUCAUCCCAGCCGGGAAAGCAGCCUAAUCCUCAAAUCCCCGGGAUUGUUGUCAGCAAUUCUGGGAACAUGAUCUCUCAUCGGCGGGUGCGUUCCGCGUCUGCUGCAUCGCACAAACCUAGUAAACUAUCGAGUUCCAUUUCUGCAUUAUCUCCCACGGUAGAAGAAUCAAAAACCCCUGGGUCCAGGACUUCUGGGAAUCAACCGAGCGGGUUCUUCUCGACUGUAUUAUCGGCUGCGCAGAACGCAGCAACCUCCAUAAGCAGUACUCUCAACUCACAAUCAAGAUCUCGAACCAUCUCUCAAGCAGUACUUUCAAAGGCAGAUGAUGUACCUGCGGAUAAUGGGGCAGAGUACCCGGGUGGAGAGUCAGGUGAAAAUAAACCCAGCGAGAGGAAGCCAUCUGCCGUCGAUACUCUAGGGACUGGAGAUCUCAAUUUCAGUCAGUUGGACUUGGAUUUUCCACCGGGAGUGAUUUCAACUAAUGAGGGAGUUGUUAUCACAAAACCUGACGCUCAUCUUGAGAAACGCAAAAAUACUACUGCUGAACAGCGAGAUGAGGAGGCUGCGAAACGUGAGGAUAGGAAUGCUGCCCAGGCUGUCUCGACGGCCUACGAAAAGCAAAACGAAGACUCCAGUUCGACGUAUGCUGAAGAUGGGGCAGAACUACAAUCCAGCGUAUCGAAAGACGCCGCUAGCGAUCGAACUCCUGGCGGUAGCAUUAUAAACGGAGAGAGUGGUGCCUUGGGGAAAAGGAGUGAUAGUGUCCGAAGCAGACUUACGCAACGUCAUCGUCGUUCAUCUGCAGCGACCACUUCAACUGUCGGAGCGAUUGGCGCUGGCGCUAUUGCUAUGGGAAUUGCUGGCGCGAAUACGAGCGUACCACGCUUAACGGGUUUUGCUAUUGCGAGCAAGAAAAGAAAUCGGGACUUUCAUCAGCUUUUUCGCAGUGUACCUGAGGACGACUAUCUCAUUGAGGAUUAUAGCUGUGCACUACAGCGAGAGAUUAUCCUUACUGGCCGAAUCUAUAUUUCGGAAGGCCAUAUCUGCUUUUCUAGCAAUAUCCUUGGUUGGGUGACCAAUCUCGUUAUAAGUUUUGACGAGAUCGUGGCAAUUGAGAAGGAGACCACGGCAAUGAUAUUCGCCAAUGCCAUAGCAAUUCAGACCCUGCAUGCUCGGCACACCUUCCGUAGCCUGCUCAGCCGAGAGUCUACGUAUGACUUGAUGGUUAAUAUUUGGAAAAUCAACCAUCCGGCCAUACAGAGCUCGGUGAAUGGCACGCGGGUUGACCAGGGAACGGGUGACAAGACGGAGAAGACUGACGGAAUCGAGGGAGAUGAUGACUCGGUCGAAGAUGAAAUCUACGACGAGGAUGAGGAUGAUAACAACGCGGAUGGCUUCUUUGAUGCGGAUGACCGAAGUACCCACGGAAGUGAUCGAUCGGUGUCGACGAGAGAUACAAGCCCUGAAAGUGCAAAUGCCACCGCCAUGCCCCUUUCAAGUGCCAACGGCGACUUGAAAACUGGUGACAAAUCAGCUGCUGCUGGAGGACCAGAUGCUAAUUUCCCAGGACCAGCAACACAUGCACCCACCGAAUACACUGAUCCUGCUGGCCGCUACGAGAGAGUGGUCAAAGAAGACAUUGUUCCAGCGCCGCUUGGGAAAGUGUACUCGCUGAUCUUCGGUGCCGAGUCCGCCGGCUUUAUGUCUAAAUUUAUGGCGGAAAAUCAAAAGUGUACAGAGCUCCAGUGGGAAAGCGAUAAAAAGGGGUUGACGAACGAGGCCAAGCAGCGGCAGUACCAAUAUAUCAAGCCUCUGCCGGGUAGCAUUGGGCCGAGACAAACAAAAUGCAUUAGUACGGAGACUUUGGAUUUUUUUGAUCUGGAUAAGGCCGUCCUCGUGACAUUGUCGACACAGACUCCGGAUGUACCUAGUGGAAAUGUAUUUUCCACAAAAACAAAAUACCUUCUUACGUGGGCGCCGGGGAACCAGACACGGUUAGUCAUGUCGUGUGUGAUUGAGUGGACUGGUAAGAGUUGGUUCAAAGGUCCCAUCGAGAAGCAUGCAUAUGAAGGCCAGGGUAGCUUUGGGAACGAACUGGUCAAAUCUCUCAAAGGCGCCGUUGUUUCUCGUGGCCGCACGUCGAAGCCUGGAAAAGGGAAAGGCCGGCGCAAGAAGGACAAUGCGGCCAUCCAGGAAGCUGCAGCAGCUUCUGCGGCUGCUGCGGCUGUCGCAAGCGCAGAAAAAGCUGCAUCCUGGGGCCCUCUAGAGCCGUUUUAUAGACUCCUUAGCCCUCUUUUUGACCUUCUUAGACCCCUGGUGGCCAGCAAUAUUGGCAUUCUGAUCAUUGCGGCGUUGCUCGCUUUUGCCUUCUUCCGUGGGCGUUCGCCUUCUCCUGACGUGGGGUAUCCCGGCUGGACCGUUCCUCAGCGUCUUGCCGCAUAUGAGGACUUGUGGCAAAGAGAAGAGAAUGAGCUUUGGAACUGGCUGGAAGACCGAGUUGGUCUGGAUGGAAUGAGUUACCCGGCCAUCCACCAAGCGACAGACUCGAAAACCCGACAAAAUCAGUUUCGGCGCAAGACCCACGGGAAGAAAGACGUCGCUUCAAGGUUGAGUGAAGAGAAGAUGUCUAACCGAGAAAUGGCCUACGCCAUCCGCACGACACGUGAGCGGCUUGAUAUUCUGGAAGAAGUGCUGAGCAAGCAGGAACCGGCACUGGACGUGGAUGGCCACCAAAGCACAGGCGAUACCUCUCGUGGGACUCGAAGUACGAGUUAAUCGAUCAUAUAAAUCUGGUAUAGCAGGUACCCCCUUGUCUGGUACUGAGCUCAGGCUGCGCUCUAUAUUUACGGUUCUUUUCCUUAUCUUUGUUUCUUAUUUCCUUUAUUUAUUUAUUUUUUAUUAAAAAAAAUAAAUAAAUAAAUAAAACUACCUCAAUCGUUCAGAUUUCUUUUGUUGCUAUUGCCGUCGGAGUACGUAUGGAUGGAGCAACUCGGCCAACCUUUGUCCUGCUGUUGUCUGGCUUUCUGUUCUACCGGAAAAGGCGUUCGAACAAUCGAAGAAAGGGGUUGGUCUUUAAUCUGCCUCUAUCUUCAGCUUGACCGCUGAACGCCAGUCCUGCUCCCACGACCCUGCUUUUAGUCUUUUUCAUUGAUUUUUUUUUUUCCCUCUUUGUGCUUGAUUUCUCUCCUUGCGUGUCUGUUCAUACAGCUUUCCUCGGUCAAGGAUAUCGGAUACCCGAAUAUUUAUCUUUCUGUACAUGAGCACCGACUACCUUGAUAUUCGGGCUGUUGUUUUUGUUCGAAGUGUUCCCCGUGUUCGUCCUCUCUUUCCGCUUCUCUUGUGUAUAGCUCCUGUGGUCAGUCGAGUGGAACGAUUGAUUUGAUUCUUAGUUUGUAUUUCUGGGAAUUAAAAUUUAGUAGAAAGAUUAUUCUGAGCUGAAUGCAGUCUUGACCGGCCCGUACCUUUGCCUUACCAUCGAUGGUUAUAGUUAACUAAGCAUGCAUCUACAGACAUAGUAAUUGCAGAAUCAUCGAGGAAAGAAUAGGUUGCUUGAACUGAGUGUAGCAUGUAAAAACCUCAACUAUUUCAACAUGAUGUACUUGGAUACUAUGAAGUCCCUGCUUGAAAACUCUUAAACCAAUCCGCCAAAACACUCGCCCCAUCCUCACCACCAAACAUCAUCCCAGAAAUUUCCGCUGUGUGUUUCGCCAUCUCCUUCGCCCUGACAGCCAUAUGAGCCUCGAACUCCUUCAGAAAUGGAUCGAGCGCAUCCAAGAAUAAACCGCAAUCGACAUCAUGGGCUGCAGCCGUCUCAUGAGCUUUGAUAAUAGCCUGUGACAGCAACAGUGCGUCUAGCAUGGCAAUGUUGACGCCUUCGCCAGCGGGCGGGUUCAUGAGAUGCGCCGCGUCCCCAAUGGCUGUUGCGUCGCAUUGAUGUGGCCAUUUGUGUCCAUUGGGGAGUUUGUAGAGAGGUCUGAUGUUUAUUUUUGCGUUGGGUUUGUUGGAUGUUUCGUCAUUGCAUGCUACUGAAAUGAGUUCUUUGGCUCUGGUUCCCCAGUCGCCGAACAGGGAAUUGUCAUUGAGGAGAUGUUUUCCAGCAUCUACGUGUGUCAUGUCCUUCAACCCGGUUGUAGUAGUGAAAUUCUCGUCAUCCGUCGAAAGAAAGAUGUAGAUCCUCGCCGAGUCCUGCACGGAUCGUUGCGCACAUACCCCGUGUCCGUGUCCCAGGGAAUUGAAGGUUCCCUGUCCGAUGUACUCAGCCAGAUGAGGAUAUUUCGUCGUGAUCUGUCUGAUGUCCAAGGUUAUGAGGUGCAUCCCUGCGUACUGCGGUUGCACGUUCGUCAGCAAUGCGGCACGAACCCUCGACCAGGCGCCAUCGGCACCAAUGACGAAGUCAAAGGUGUGUUUUCCAUUUUCGCCAAAGUCGAGUUCGAUUUCAGUUUUUGCAUUUGCAUUGGCGUCUGGAUUCCAAGGAGAACUCUGAAUCCGCCUUGCACGGACAAGUCUAUAUCCCCAUUUCACACUUUCAACAGGUAAAUGAUCGAUCAGAAGCUUGAUGAUCUUAGGUCUAGCAAUCUCGGGACGGUUACUCAAUUCCCCUUUAUCCUCGUAGAUGAUAUUCCCAUUUUUAUCGGCGAUUCUCAGUUCCUCCGUGCAGUCGCCCGUGAGCGAGGUAAAUUCGUCGAAUACAUUGCAUUCCCGUAUGGCGGUUAAACCGGAUCCUUCGUGGAGGUCGAGCGAGCCGGCUGGUUCAGAGAGGGUUUCGUCCGUCAGCUUUUGGCGGAGCUCGAAGAUAGUUGAUGGGAUGUUGUGCUUGUGGAGGAGGAGGGCGAGGGUAAGACCUGCUGGGCCGGCACCGAUGAUGGCGAUUCUGGGCAUUGUCAGUGCAGUGGUAGGAGAAGCAGCAGAAAGGUGAAUGGAGGCCGUCUUGUUUUUGUUCUCGUAGAUUUAUUACUGACGGUCUCGGGAAUUGAUGAACACAGGUUCGGUGGUUAGGGAAGCCCGACGGGGUUUGUAGCAGGAUAUCUCAUUGCAUGUUCAUUCUGGAGGUAGUAACUAUGCUUGAAGACGCUGAAGAUCGAGAAGCAAUGCACAUGCAUAUCUCAUUCAAUUUAGUCUCGUUACCCAUAAAUAGAUCCUCAUUGCCGAUAAUUCGAGUCAAAAACCCAGUCGGACGCGAUAACGGCAACGAUCGAGACCUGCAUCAUCAGUCAAUCCAUCUCAACAAAACAGAAAGACACUCACCAACGACAAGUCCACUCCCGGUGUCACGAUAGCAUCGAGAACAGGGCGAUACCCACUGCGCGAACCGGGCAGCAAAGCCAGGCGUUCGUUACGUUGGAUGCUCUCGCGUACCUCGGCAACCUUCCUAUCGCCAUCAAUGACAUCGAAGGCCGCCAGCACAUUCCCAUGUCUUGCAACUUCAAGCGUGAGCUUAUUCCCUUUUCCAUCCUUGUCACCUUUCGAACGUGCACCAGCAGCAACAUUCUCAAAGGUGAUCUUGAAAUUCCCACUUCCACCCCGUCGAGGCGCAACAGUCGCGAUGAUCCCAGGCCCAAUGGCAGAACUCCUCCGACUCUGACCACUACUACCACUACUGGAGCUAUUGCUGACGUCAAACCCUGGCAAUGUAACGACCCACGCAUUAAACCCACGGAUAGAAACCGAGAUCUUCCUGUGAAGCUCAAACAACGGCAAUCCCGAGCUAUCCCGGAACUCGCGGCAGGCGCGGUCGUUGAAUUUCCGGCCGCUGACGGUGAAAUGGGGGAUGCCAUGCUCGUCUUCGAUCUCGUAGCCGACGGGGGAUAAGGCGUCGCCUCGCGGGCGGAUGACCAGGAGGGUUUUGUCGUUGGUUGUGUAUUCGGUGCGGAUGGCGAUGGGGCGGUCGGGUGGUUUCAGGGCUUUGCGGGCUGCGAAGGAGCUUCGUCUAGGUAGCUGGGGGGAAUAUGCGUAGGGGCCUGACAUGGUGGAUUGAUUUAAUUCGAUUAGGUUUGAUGGUGGUGUUGAGGUGAGUGUGAUUGCACUGGGUCAAGAGGGAAUAUUAUCCUGGGAAAUAGGUGGAGAUGUCCGGUAUUUCAACGGAGAUGGCGGAUUUAAGAACGAACCUUGUACUUUUGCGCAUAGUUAUCUGUAUGCAGUCGAUGCAGACCGGUCAAUCACGCUUGGCAUAUUGAAUAUACGAAGUAGUGAUCAAAAAAUCUGCUUUCCUUCUUUCUUCUAUAACCCAUUUCUAACGGUCUGCAUGCAGGUAUGAUGGAUCAAUUCGUGGAUCUUCGAACACAUGAGUACUUACCACCCUCGGUGGUAGUGGCUGACAGGAGGUGGCUUACUCUUCAGACUAUCAUCAAGAGGAUGCCAGAGCAUUGAAUUAUAUUAGUGCUGUGAUACUCCAACAACC